GACUGCAGACUGUUCCUCCCUGCCAUCAGUGCCUCAUCUAUGCCGUUCUCUCUGUGACCAUCAGGGGGCAGCAUUGGGAGAUGCCUCCAGCACUAAGGACGCAAAAGUAGAAAAAAGAAGCACAGGAGAAACAACAACUAUGAGAUGGAGCCAUUCUGCAAAAUCAAAAAUAUGCAGUCCGACACAAAGCAGUUGCACAAUAACUGCUUUAAACAAAGAGCUGCGAGUAAUAGGUGGUCCUCCAGCAACGACAAACUGCAAGCCCAAAACAGUAGUAUCCAUUGACCUAUACAAGCAGGCCCCAGACAGUCAAUGUCCACAGGAAAGAAGCUUGUCCACAUGCAGAAGAAUCAGCCCUGCAGCAGCCUGUCCCUUUCCAAAUAGCCCCACGCCAACUGUGCUCAGUGCCAAUGUCCGUGCCACUCAGGAGCAGCAGCCCUCCCCACAGAAUGCCAUCACAGCUGUGGCCUCCAGUCCAUCAGGAGCCAUGAUGGGCUCUGUGACGUCUCAGAUCUCUGCCAUCCAUCUAACCAGGCAGGCUUCCUCUCCUCUCGCUGCCUCACCCUCACCAACGGAGGAGUGCCCGGUUGGAGAGGCUGAACCAUCUAGCCAGGACUGUGUUCUGCAGCUGGAUGGAGCUGAGGAGGAGCUGGUUGAUGAUGAGAUGGAAAAUGACUGUAGUGAUGAUGAUAACUCCGACUGUUCAUCCAUAGCUGGCACCUCGUCCACAGCAUCCAUCGCUCUACUUUCUGGGUUAGAUGCACCUCUAUAACCCCACCCCCCCACACACAUUUCUUUUAGGUUAACAUUCAUGGUACCCAUAAGAACACGGACUAUUCCUGAUGCAAACUCUGUGGAGUACAGCUGUUUUCUUGCACAAUGAAAAUGUGUUUUUGGACAGUUUUCCAGACACGUCUGUUUUUCUUUCUCAUAGAGCAAAUAGCCCUCUGUUUCUCUAAAGUGUGAAUCCACAUGAACUCUGAGUCAUGCUUGCUGUUUCAAUAAUGUAGUCCUAUUUUUCCCUCUUGUGGUACUUAAGUGUAUACCUGACGAGGAGCAGCAAUCAUUGUCGGCAGCCAUGCAAAUUCUAAUGAUAUACUUCCUGUAUUAAUUUAUAAACUAUAUACAUUUAUAGGGUGUUUCUCAAGCCCCUCUCAGGUUUUAUUAUGGUCAUUUAAAUAACUGAUGGUCAGAUAAAAUGAUAUCUAUCAAUAACAACAAUGUUUCUCAGUAUGUAGUGUACCUUUUUUAAACGUUUUUCGUCCAGACAAUAGACAAGUUAUUGUGGUUUGAAAGCGUUUUUCUCAACUGCUAAAACAACUUCAAAAUGGCCACGUCCUUUCCUUGGAACGCCCAACAUCCAAGCCUGGAUUUGAAUUGGUUUCCUAACAUGGAAUAAAACUAAAUCCAUCAGAUCCUGUGCACUCUUUCUCUCUCUCUCAUUCUCUCUCACUGCAAUUGUUGAAAGAGUCUGAAAGCAGCAGAGCGUGGUGGAAAGGUCUGCUGCUUUGUGGGUCAUUUUGUUCUCCACUAUGAUGGCCUCAACAAUAGAACUCCCGACCAAAGACUCGGAGCUGAUUCUCUGUGAAAACAGCCUGGAUAGGGAUAUUGUCACCUUUUUUUCACCCAACCAGCUGAUUUUGUUUGUGUUCAUUUGCAUACACCCCAUCACCUGCACACCCUUUCCUAAGCUAAAGCACCUGUAUCUCUAGUAUAGUGUUAAGUUAGCCUAGUACAGCUGUUAUGCAGAUGUGUACCUCUUGAUGGUAGAAGGACUUUAUUGAAGAGAAACAAUCUGCAAGGAGAUAACAUCAUCCCGUUUCUUGAUCCAUCUUUUCUUCCUAUAUGACUGUCAUGUGAGUUUUUUUACUCUGUGUUUUGGUUCUAAUUAUUUUGUGUGCAGAAUGGUGUUAAAUUGAAAAAAGAGCUCAGGAAUAUUCUAAUGUUUGGCUUACUUGAAACUGCCUAAAACGAAAAAACACUUUACGGCUGCGUAAAAAUGACUCGCCGUUGAUUCAACCGGCUCUCGUCUUGCUCCAGUGUUAUUUUGUUGAGGUUAAUUAUGUCCUCAUUUGCUGUCCUGGCUAAAU